UGAAGGUGAUGCGGAGAGGCGAUAAUUUGGGCCAUUGGCGCUCCAUCAGGGUGACAAUUGCAAGAAUGACCCCCAAGGCGAUUCUUGGAGGCCAGAGUAUGGCUUGGGGAAGUAAAAAGAGCCUCCUAACGUGGUUCUUCGUGGUCACAGAGCGGCCAAUGGUGUGGAAAAGUCCAAGAGAUCGAUGGCAUAAUGGCAGGAGAAAAACCACUGGUUUUUCAUGCCUACUCUCUUUCCGGCGCACUCUUUCGCGGAGGGAGAAGGAAAACUCCAAUGGCACCAGCAGAGAUCUCUUUUUGCGGCCAGCGGCGCUGAAUAUAAAGUGCCAGAGCGCGGCGAUAGGGAGUCAGUCAGUGCUUGAGUGUGUUCAGAAGAAGAAGGAGUUUGUUUGAAGAUUCCGAGUGGUGACUGGUGAUAGGACUGUUUGACAUUAGCGUGAUCUUCUGAUCAUCAUCAUGGAGCGGAUAUCUUGCACAAUUCUCCUCCUUGUCACCCUCGCGUGCGCCUCCGGCGAGACCAACUACAACAAGAAGAUGUACAUGAAGCGAUCAUCCAUGGAUCAGGACACAAGUGCCACUGGAUAUAUUUACAGCAAGUACGGCUCCAAUCCCGCGCAGUUUGUCUAUCUGGACUCAGACGCCGUGGCGGCCCACUUCAAGUCCUCAGCGCCAUCACAUCUGCCCCUGAUCCAGGAUGGUGAUCAGUACGGCACGCACUCCUACGUUGUCACCCACUCUGGCGGCUAUCCGAGUCAGUUUGUGCCCAGUUCGGCUGCCACAGUGGCGAAUCUCUACUACAACAGCCAGCCUUCAGCGGCCUACACUCUCGAAGCCGAUGCUGGACCUCCACUAGCCUCAUACGUGUCGACCGGAGGAGAUUAUCACUACGAUGGAGGAGACGUGGACGGUGGAGAUUUCGACGCCACCGGAGGACACUUCAGCGAGCGCUACAGCGAUGGCGAUGAUCAUCACCACUAUAAUCAUGAUCACUCUGAGGGAGAUGGCUCAGAAUACGGCGAGGAGUAUCACAAGAAGCACGGCCAUGAGGGAAAGAAGGCGUACGACACCGAGAAUAAGUUCGAGAAGGGCUCAAAGGGUCACUACGACAAGGAGGAUCACUCUGGCCACUACGACGAGGAUGGCGGCCACAAGAAGUCCUACUACGAUGAGGGAGAUGAAUAUGGACAGCAUCACGAGGGCGCUCACUCAAGCAAGGGUGGGAAGUUUGGCGAGAAGAAGCACCACAAGAAGGGCUCAAAGACCACAGGAUAUCACAAUGUCUUCCACAAGGAUGAAUUCAAGAAGGAUCACACGUUCUAUGACGAUGCCGAUCACAAGGGCAACUUCAAGAAGUACGGUUCUGACCAUCAGCACCACCACAAGGGAGCCUCAAAGUACGGCAAGGGCGGCCACUACGACUCCGCCAAUCACGAGGGGCACAAGGGCAAGAAGGGACACUUCGACAAGGGAUACCAUGACAUCGACGAUCAGGGAUACGACAAGAAGCACGACCACGAGGCCCAUCAUCACGACGGCGAGGAGUACUACAAGAAGCACGGCAAAGACGGAGAUGAACAUCACGGCUUCGACGAGAAGCACUACCACUAAAUCCACUGCAAACAACUCAUCCUCCACAUCUCCAUAUCAUCCCUGUAAUUUAUUAUCGAUCCCCACUUGUAGCAUGGCUCAUUAGUGCCCCGACCGUGACAAAAUGUAAUCGGAAACAGAGAAAGAAUCUGAUGGAAGAAUAAACAGAAGACAAAAAAAAGUCGUGAAAAACCAAAAAAAGGGGGCCUAUAAAAUCAAUUGAGAGUGUUGAAAGGCGGCGUAUGUGUGGAGGAAGAAAAA